UGAAGCGGGCUGCGGGCUGCGGGCUGCUGGGAGAAGAAAGGGGGUGUAACCUGGAAGGAGGGACCCGGACCUAGUGGAAUUACAGGGCAGCCUCGGUUGAAGGACCGACUGUGUGGGCUACACCUAGGUCUGAGGUGCCCCAGCGACAGUGCAAUAGGAGGUGGUUAGGCUGGCUUCAUCGAGAUAGCGUGCAAAGGAACCAGACUCAGCAGUCUUUGAAGCCCUGCUCCACACUUCCGUCUGAGUGACCCAAUGCAACCCCCAGCACCUUUCUGAGCCUGUUUCCUCGGCUAUAGAUGGGAGUAACCAUCAUACACCACGCACAAGAUGGUGGGAUGGUUGAGAGAUGAUGUGUGUGCCACUAAGCCUAGUGCUAUAGUGAUUCUGUAGUGAAUCAAUAAAUUACCACGGUACUGUUGACUGGGGAAAAAACCCCACAACGUGAAAGUUGAGACUUGUUUGGGGUAAAACGAGGAUUCUAGUGCCGGUAACAGCUUCUCAGCUCUGAGGAACUGCUUCAAAGACGUGGGGGAAAGCCACCAGCCUGAGCCAUGGGUCGCCUCCUGCUCCUGGCUUUCCUGAUGUUUGGGGCCGCCACCCCAGUACCGCCGGCCCUGAGGGCCUUCAGCAGCCUGCACUUGUCAAGCAGCUUCAGUUCCCGUCCUGCUGUGGCCAUGAAGUACUCGAUUCACUACAUCCAACAGAAGGUUGAUCAUUUUGGAUUUAAUACUGAUAAAACUUUUAAACAGCGGUAUUUAAUAGCUGAUACACACUGGCGGAAAGAUGGUGGAUCAAUACUUUUCUACACUGGUAAUGAAGGGGACAUUAUCUGGUUUUGCAAUAAUACGGGGUUCAUGUGGGAUGUAGCUGAGGAAUUGAAAGCUAUGUUGGUGUUUGCUGAACAUCGAUACUAUGGCGAGUCCCUCCCCUUUGGUGCCCACUCAUUCAAAGAUUCCAGACACUUGAAUUUUCUGACAUCAGAACAAGCUCUGGCUGAUUUUGCAGAGUUAAUCAGACACUUGAAAAGAAAAAUCCCAGGAACUAAAAAUCAACCUGUUAUUGCUCUUGGGGGCUCUUAUGGUGGCAUGCUUGCAGCCUGGUUCAGGAUGAAGUACCCUCAUAUGGUAGUUGGAGCUCUUGCAUCCUCUGCCCCCAUUUGGCACUUUGAGAAUUUGGUACCUUGUGGUGUAUUUAUGAAGACUGUAACUAAAGAUUUUAGGGAAAGUGGCCCAAAUUGUUCAGAGACCAUCCGCAGGUCCUGGGAUGCCAUUAGUCGACUUGCAAGAAAGGGCACUGGUUUGCAUUGGCUUUCUGAAGCCCUUCACUUAUGCACUCCGUUAACAAAUUCUCAGGAUGUUCAGCAUUUGAAAGACUGGAUUUCUGAAACUUGGGUCAGUCUGGCAAUGGUGGACUACCCUUAUGAGUCUGACUUUCUGCAGCCUUUGCCUGCUUGGCCUAUCAAGGUAGUAUGCCAGUAUUUGAAAAAUCCCAAUGUAUCUGAUUCACUGCUAGUGCAGAAUAUUUUCCAAGCUCUGAAUGUAUACUAUAAUUAUUCAGGCCAAGCUAGAUGCCUGAAUAUAUCGGAGACAGCAACCAGCAGUCUGGGAGCCCUGGGUUGGAGCUAUCAAGCCUGCACAGAAAUGGUUAUGCCCUUCUGUUCUAAUGGUAUUGAUGACAUGUUUGAACCUAACUCAUGGAACUUGAAGGAAUUUUCUGAUGGCUGUUUUAGACAGUGGGGUGUGAGACCAAGGCCCUACUGGAUCACUACUGUGUAUGGAGGCAAAAACAUCAGUUCACACACGAACAUCAUUUUCAGCAAUGGUGAACUAGACCCCUGGUCAGGAGGUGGUGUAACCAAGAAUAUUACAGACACCUUAGUUGCGAUUGUCAUCCCAAAGGGAGCCCAUCAUCUAGAUCUCCGAGCCAACACUGCCUUUGAUCCCACCACUGUGCUCUUAGCCCGCUCCUUGGAAGUCAGAUAUAUGAAGCAGUGGAUCAAAGAUUUCUAUGCCAGUCUGAGAAGGAAGCACUGAAUUUGGUGUGGCGAAGGUUGGGAUAGAAGAGAACAUCAUGGUGGUGGUAGCAGCCAUCCCCUAACCUGAGGCCUUGCCAUCUUUGUGCCACCCCCAGGAAGAAUUUCUCCAUGACAGCUUUCCCACACCAUCAGUGGCCUUCAUAACUGGAGCAGAGCAUUGACUGCCUUUCACAAGAGGGAGAGUCACUUCCUUUGUUUCUCUGAAAGCAGGGAUUUCUCUUGGUUUUGAAGUUGAAGUCUCUUUGGCUCAUUUGUCCCUCCCCCUCCUGUAUCCUCCAAAAGGAAAAGCAGAAGAUGGAUAAAAAUGAAGUAAUUGCAGCUGGUAGGAAGGAUUUCGAUGCCAAGCCAGGAAAUGGGGGCCGUUUCUUUUGUGCUUCAUUUAAUGACUUUGAACUGUGCUGUAAAUAAAGAAUAAGGCUGGACCGUA